AUGCAAUACUCAGUAAAAACCGAAGGCUCUCGCUCUCCUCACGGUUCUUUACUGACGCCGACGAGCGGAUCAGGCCUCAAGCAUCGCAUCCGAGAGCUCGAGUGUAUUAUCGAUUCAGAACUAAAGUCACUUCAGAUGCAGGUGCAACAGUUUAGGUCUCAGAAGACUGUCCAGGUGGGUCGCACACAAGAAGUUGUACAAGAAGCAAAGGACGAAAUGCUGGCUGCUUUGCAAAAUUCAAAAGCAGAGUUGAAGCAAUUUUUUCUACAGCAGCGAACAGAAAACCACCGGAUUCACGAGCUGAUUCGGGCGCUACGAAACGAAAAUUUUGCUCUACAACAGAGUCAACUUGCACUGCAGCGCAGACUACAAACAGCUGAAGUAGAUCUAGGGCAAUGA